CUGUUCGUUAUCUUCACCUUGCAUGUAUAACUGAAAACAAAAUUUAGGAAGUUAUUUAAAAAAGAUGUUCAUCAUACAUGUGCAAUAUUAAUAACUUUAAAACCGAAUGCUGCGUUAUCAACAAAAGUGGAAAGAGCUCAAUUUUAACAUGAAAGUUAGUGCAAGAGGAUAUACUAAAUCGAAUAUGAUAAAUUAGACUAACAUAUAUGCAUGGAUUUACAUUUAGGCAUUGUAGUGAUUGUUUGUUAUAUGUAAAUCUAAAAAAAAACUCCAAGAAUUUUUACACAGGUACAUUAAACACUGUACUCAUCAACAUGUGUGUAUUACACUCCUUGUGUAAAAGCUCAUAUUCAUAUUGCAAAGGAAACUCACCCGUUUGUCUGCAUACUAUUGUUUCAAUUUUAUAAAACAGUUCUUUAUAUGAAAAUGCAAAUAACCUUUGCAAAAAAGCAUAAGAUUCGCAGCUUGUGUAGGAGUUCUAAUAUGGAAAAAAAAAACGUAACAGAAGUGACUCGCAAUAAAUAUAUAAUAUUUACAAUAUGUAAAUGUCUAAGCUAGCUCAAGGAGAAUCCCAAGCUAGGCACUUAAAAGUUACAAAAGUAAUUUUCAUACGGUAAUAUUCAAACCACUGUUAGAAAUAAUGAAGAGGCAUUUCACCGAAAAACUAAAUGCAUUUUUUAUAUGAAUUUUUAAAAGAUCGUUCAGUGAAAACAAAAUGUGCGGACAGGGAACGACAGUAAAUCCAUGCCCCCUUCCCCUCCUUCAUCCUUUGUACGUUCGAAAUACAUGUAGCAUAUGCCUGUCAUUGUCAAUUGUUUGUUUGAAGUACAAACAAAUUGAAAACACGAUUAUUUUUCAUUGUGUGUAGCGUGCUGUGGACUGUAAACCAUUUUACAUUCAUGCUUGACACAAUGGCUUUAUCUAACACUUGCUCUAACUAUAUGUAUUUCAGUAAACAGCCCUCGUAAAAUUCCAGGCAGUGUUUUGAAGACUUGAAACCGGGGUAUUGUCUUCCGUAAACACAGACCUAUAAUUUUGUACCUUUUAUCUUUUCCCUCCCCCAAGAUCAUUAUUUUCAGUCUCAUUUUUGAAACUAAAUAACGAACUCAAAGAACUAAAGCCAAAAUUGCAUGAUUUGGCCCUGUCAAUCCUUGAAAAUCAAUCUUUUUAAUUAUGAAAUAAAACUUGGGCAAUACGUUGAUAAGACAUCAUACUAUCGAUAGCCAUAUCAAGUUUUGUGCAGGAAACAGCUCGAGCGUAAUUAUAUGCAUUGAAACCAGAUGCGGUAUGGCAAAUAUACCCAUUUUAAACAGAAUUUCUAGACUUUAUUUAACAAAUUUUUAUGGGCGCCAUCCUUAAACCACGCUGAAAUUUUUCAUAAAGUUAUAUGACUACCUUAGGAAUAUCAUGUAUCAGUUGUGUGCUGGUUCACGAGUGGUGCCAUGUUAUAUUUCAUGUUUGUUUAUAUUAUAAAACUUGUAUUGUAGCUUUCCGGAUUUACGUUUUAAAUGGUGGAAUAUGUAAUAAAGUUUAAAAUUAUGAUUGAAUUUUGUUAUAUUUGAAAUGAAACAGCAUUGGAAUCACUAUCAUUAUGAAUUUUCGAAUUUGCCUUGAGUUCCGAUGAACGGAAAUGGGGAAUUCCCAGUGAUAAAAAUAGAUCUCCAUGUAAACAAAAGCGUUCGGAUGUCAAACAGAAGGAAAACGAUUAUGAAGAACAAGCAGGGAAAUUUUGAGACUAUGUAAUGGUAAGUAGAUUUCUUACAAGGAAAAACAAAAGAUACUAGGCCUAACUGAAUGCAAUAUAUUUUUGAGUUACAAGUAGGCCUAAAUAAUUAUACAUGUAAGUAUAAUGUUAUCGUUAGGCCUACUCUUGUCGUCUGCUGCGUACCCAUUUUAUAAUGCACGCACGUACAGCCUGGCCUAUACAUGAUUAUGUAUACAUGUAACAAUAUACACAAAUUGUGUAUCAUGAUUUUUUUUUAAAGACUGUUACCUUUCUUGCUUUUGAAGAGUUACCGCUCUUAGAAACACCUAUCGGUAAUUACUACCAUAUAGGCCUAUAUUGAUCUAUAUAUUUAGAAUUAACCAUCAAAAAUAUAAAACAAUUUAGACCUACAUAUAUUUAUAUACAUAUAGCCUAUAUAUAUUUAUGUAUAUAUGUACACAUAUACAUGUAUAUUCCGAUAAGAGAAAGACAUGUACCGGGGUAAGACCUAUUCAACUGCCGGGUACCAAUUACUGUCGAUAUAGUUAUGUUUAUAAACAGUCUACAUUUCCCCCCUCAUUAAAAUUAUUGCCACACUGCUUAUUACUAUGAAUUGUCCUUGGUAUUUACCAAAUCUUAGGAAAUAAUUACCACCAUUGAUCACAGAAGUAGACCACGAUAAAAAGUUAGGUCCGCGCACAUGUUUUCAUUACGAUAUGCGACUUAGUAGGCCAAUCCGCCUACCACCGUAUAAAUGACGUUAAAUGAAUGAACAGUUUGCUGCUGAGCUAUUAAAAUGCAAAACAUUUACUUACUUUGCAAUUUGAUAAGUAUGUCCAGUCAAACAAUUAGGCAUAAUGCUUUACUUCUUAUGCCGCAAAAUGUGCACAAAACAAUGCAGACGAUGUCCGCUUAGAUCCAAAACACGACAAAGGGAAAUUACUCUUUCAGUCAACUCUUUUCAUUUACAACCCCAACCCCAACCCCCCCCCCCAAACUCUUGUUUACAUUAACCUUUGAACAUCUACAUAUCAGAUGAUGAUGUAUCAAAGGAAAACCAUUGUAAAGUUCUAUGUCAAUGUAGUUCAUGCUAGAAGGGUAUAUGAAUUUUUACAUGAAUGCUCUGAAUUGCACAACAAAAGUAAAGUGAUAUAAUUAUAUUUAAUUAAUAUAAUACUAAAUGGCAUAGAUACAGUUUGAUAUCACAGGUACAUGUCAAAUACAUGUAUUUACAUCUAUUUAUAAGAACUGUUAGUAUUUCAUAUGUAGUCAUUAUUUAUAUCAUAUUGUGUAACGUGAUUGUAUGCCAACGUACUUGGUGAAUCAAUAAAUAAAUUGAAAUUGAUACCAAUAUGAAAAUCUAUCAACUUCUUAAAUCGUGUAGUGUGUGUUAAAGAGAGGGGGUGGGUGGGGGACUUGUCAUUUCUUACAUGGGGCCAAUAGUCAUAACAUCUACCUUAUAAUCGUCCCACUCACUACUGUAAAAAAAAAAAUAAGGGGGGGGGGGGUGUGUCAUUCAUUAUAUUGUUGCAUUUUUUUUCAUUACGUUGGCACGCAGCUUUAUUCAAAUAAAGCCGCCGUAUUUUAAACUUCUUGACUUAUUAACUAAUUUCUUGAUUUAUUAACUAGGUUAUUUUCGGAUUUUUUUUUUAUUUUUACGUGUGUCAAUAUUCAUAACUUCAAGCAUGGGGGGGGGGGGGGGGGGUUGGGGGGUUAUGAAAAACAUUUGCCUAGAUGGUCGAGCGUUCUAGAGCGUUGGUUACAUGCUGCUAGGAGAUUGAUUCCGCAGGUCGUGAGUUCAACCCCGGGUAGGGGCGGAAGUGGGUAUCCAAAAAAGUGAAAUGUCCUGUGCUUUAGAUUAAUUUUUUUUUCACUCAGGGCAGUUAUGUUUAUUAAAGAAUUCAUCUGCUUUUUCCGUGCUUUAUAUAUAUCACUUCUUCUUUGCUAUCAUCUUUGGAGUGAUGAAUUCAGCUAUUGCUGUGAAGGACGACCCCCCCUCCUCCGAUUCAGCACUUUGGAGUUCGGGGGGGGGGGGGGGGGGGGGGGGGGUGGGGGUGAAGGGGGGAUGGCCAUUUAUGUGUUGUGAUUUGAGAUGUCUUCCAUAUACUUUUUUAUUUUAUUUUUGACUGCUUUUCAAGAAUUUUAGACAAUUCUAUGAAGUCGUGCAACUUCUCCAGCUGCUCCCCUCCCCAAUAAAACAAAAAAGAAAACCGAUGCUACAAGUCUGUAUUAAGACUUACUUUGAAAUGUUUAUAAUUCAAAAGUAUGCACUUCAAGUAGUAUUAUAUGGACAAAAAGAAAUUAUCUUUAAAAAGGUAAAUCAUGACAUUAUAUUCAAACUAAAAUGUUUAUGCAUGAAAUGCUUCACAUGGAUGAUGAAGAAAUGUUUUAAUUCCAGAUAAUGCAACCAUGCCUGGAGAAAAAACUGAGUACUUUAACUGUGUGCUGUGUUCAAAAAGGACUAAACCAAAGGAGAGAAGGCGCGUUGACAAAAACAUUAGGAAAUACUUAAGGAAAAGAUUUCUAUUGGAGAGUAAAGGAAAUUCAGUCAUCUGCGGUAAAUGUAGAAAUAUCUACUACAGAGAUGUGUCAAACCAUGCAUCGUCUGCAACACCCACAUGUUGUUCAACUAUCCAGAAGGAAUCACUAGCGCCUUCGUCCACUACUGACAACAGGAAACAUCUAUCAAGUCCUCCAUCAGUGACAUUGGAUCUGAAAUCUACAGCAAAGAUCCAUGCAUAUUGUAUUCUUUGCAAAAAACCAGGACCUAAAUUAGUAGUGGUGUCUCCAGAAUGUCGCACAGCUGUCUUCGUGGAGCACAACAUACUUAUUCCAUCUGGAAAUAGAUGCUGUCCAGUCCAUCUGAAAGAUGGUCGUUUCACAAAUGAUGCCAUUCAUCAGUUACCAACUACAGAACAGGCAUUUAUCAACAGAACUACCAUUUUAAGUCUGCUGCAACAGAUGUGUUUUUUAUGCCAUCGAAAUGAAAAAUCCCACCUGGACUUUGAUGAUUUACAGACACUGACAGAUGCUGACUAUAUGGCUCUACUAGGACUCAAUAAGGAUAAUUUUCAAACUGUAUGUGAUUCUUUGAAACAUCAAGUGAAACAAACUCCAUCCAGAAGUCUUAGAAAAUCCGUAGCCAUAUUCCUGUGCAAAUUAAAGACUGGACUAUCUAAUCAGAUUUUAUCCAUAUUAUUUCGUACUUCAAAGUCCAGCUUAAGAAGAGCAGCUGCUUCUGUAAGAAAAGCAAUGUUGACCAGUUUUGUUCCACAGAGUCUUGGGUUUGCGCACAUAACAAGAGAGGAAGUCAUUAAUGGUCACACUCGUCAGCUAGCUCAAACUUUGUUCGGGAACAUAGAGAAAAACCAGGCUAUAUUGGUGCUCGAUGGCACAUAUAUCUACACAGCCAAGAGCAACAAUUUUCAUUACCAAAGGCGCUCUUACAGCAUGCAUAAGGGAAGACCACUAGUCAAACCAAUGGUGAUUGUGACAACCACUGGAUACUUUGUAUCUAUAUUGGGCCCAUACCUAGCUGACAGUAAAAAUAAUGAUGCUUCAAUUCUCCAUCACAUCAUUAAAACAAAUGCAGAGAAUAUCCGCAGCUGGGUCAGCGAAGACGAUAUUUUCAUCGUGGACCGAGGGUUCAGGGACGCUUUGCCUCUGCUUGCAGAUCUUGGAAUCCAGGCAGAAAUGCCCUGUUUUUUGGAAAAGGGGCAACGACAGAUGAGCACUGGCGAUGCCAAUAUCAGCAGACUUGUUACAAAGGUCCGAUGGGUGGUGGAAUCUUCAAAUGCGAGAAUCAAGCGUUGGAGAUACCUGGAUAAGACUCUGCCAACAAAUCAGAUCCCAUUUAUCGGAGAUUACGUGAAAAUUGUAUGUGCGCUGUCUAACAGAUUUUCACCGCCCCUGAACAAAAGCACCGAGGAAGAUGAGGCCGAGGCAGUAAAAAUGCUAUAUUUGUCUAAACAGGUUAAUAAUCUCAAGCAAACGGUUGAAGAAAAUUGUCUGAACCGAAGAUCUAUUCAGUGGCAGGCGGUUCAUGAGUGUGAUAUUCAGAACUUCCCUACGCUUGAUGAGGAACAGUUGCGGAAUUUGACGUGUGGGACCUAUCAGCUAAAGCUUUCUCGCAGUUACAUUCAAGAACAUAUUGAGGGGGAAUGCGAUAUAUUUUUUCAUAAGGAUAAUGAAAGACUGCUAAAAGUGAAAAUUCAGAGUCGUCACACAUCAUCAAAACAAUACUUCGUCUGGAUUGAAUAUUCGGAAUGUACUGUCAACGCAUGGUACUGUACAUGUAGAGCUGGUGCAAGAGUUGUAGGCAUGUGUUCACAUAUAGCGGCCAUUAUUUGGUACCUAGCAAAAGGAAGGCAUGAGGGAAAGAGAUACGGUGUUCGUGAUUGGGGCGAGCAUGUCCUGGAUGCAGCAGAUAUCCCUCCUACCAUUGAUGACUCCGACAGUGAUGUCAGUAGCUGCGAAAGUGUUCCGGAAGAAUAAACAGUUAUGUUUGUGUAGUUACUGUUGAAUACAACCCUAAAUAUUUUA